AUGUCCCCGUCUUUCCUGUUUGAACAGCCAACGGAGCAGACUCUGUCAGCAAAGUGUCAUAAGUGCCCCUAUAACCCCUCCCAGGGCCACUCAUCUCUCCCCACCUUCCCCCCUCCCAGGGUCACCCAUCUCUCCCCAGCCCAUCCAAUCUCCCCACCCCACAUCCCAGGGUCACCCAUCUCUCCCUACCCCAUCCCCCCUUCCCAGGGUCACCCAUAUCUCUCCACCCCAACCCCCUCUUUCCACCGCGACCCGUCUCUCCCCACCCCAUCCCAACUUCCCACCUCCCAGGGUCACCAAUCUCUCCCCACCCAAUCCAAUCUCCCCACCCCACAUUCAAGGGUCACCCGUCUCACCCCACCCCCUCCCACCUUCCCCACUCCCAGGGACACCCGUCUCUCCCCACCCCCUCCCACCUUCCCCCCUCCCAGGGACACCCGUCUCUCCCCACCCCCUCCCACCUUCCCCCCUCCCAGGGACACCCGUCUCUCCCCACCCCCUCCCACCUUCCCCCCUCCCAGGGACACCCGUCUCUCCCCAACCCCUCCCCCCUCCCAGGGUCACCCAUCUCUCUCCACGCGAACCCCUCUUUCCACCGCCCAAUCAAAUUUUAAUCAAGGGGUGGAUGGUGCACGUAAUAUACAACAUGCGAGAUAA